ACCUUCCAAAGCCCCGUUUAUAACUUCACUGCAAGCCACGCAGCUAGUUAGUUAUUUUUUGUUGGUUAUACAGUGUUUCUGUUCCGACGGAACUUCAUUUCCUCACAUGCGCGCUCUCGGAUAUUUGAAGACAGAGCGCGGGGUGUGAUGGUAUAUUGGAGGACUGAGCGCCGGAGUACUGACAGGACUCUAUCCGGCGCCUCGGUAUAGAGCAGUGAUUAGAACCUAACCAUGGCGGCCACAGGAGGAGGGAAAAUCAGAACCAGGAGGUAUCACAUCGCUUCUAAACCGUACUCAAAAGGUAACCAGCAUUCAGGCCUGAUCAGCCGAGUUACAGAUACAGUGAAGAGCAUCGUUCCCUCCUGGCUGCAGAAGUACUUCAGGAAUGGGGAGGCUGGCGGUGGGGAUGGGAGCACGCUGGGGGGCCCCCCCGCCCAGGACACUCCCACUGAAAACUGCGAGCGGGACAGUCCUGUCAUGGAUGGACGAGGCACUCCGGAGCCCAGCACGAGCGGCGCAGAGCCCUCGACCAGUAGGUCAGCUCUCAAUUUCCAGGACGUCCUGGCCAGACCCCCCCUGAGUCGCUCCCACCUGCACUUCUCUGCAUUAGAUGGCUCCCCUGCACCUCUCGCCCAACCCUCGACAUCAUCCACGCCCUUUCCCGGGGGCCCAUUCACCCAACCCUCCACGUCCUCGGCCCCCUUCCCGGUCACCCCCUUCACGCACCCCUCCACGUCUGUCACAUCCUUCCCUGGGGGCCCGUCCAGCUUCUCCCUGGUAAAGGAGAUCAAGGAUUCUGCCUCCCAGCACGAAGAUGACAACAUCUCUACCACGAGUGGAUUCUCGUCACGUGCAUCAGAUAAAGACAUGACCACCUCCAAACCCGUGCCCCUCCCUCUGCUGUGGUCCCCAGAGAAUGAGCGCACGCAUGCUGCCCCCCCGCCGGCCCAGCCCGCACUGAAAAAGCCCGCCUUCAACCUAUCUGUGUUCGGGACGUCCUCCGCCUCCUUGAUGAACAGCUCUGCGCUGAACUCCAGCCAGCUUGGCGACUCCCCCUUCUACCCAGGCAAGACCACCUAUGGGGGGGCGGCAGCUGCCCGUUCCAGCGCCCGCGUGCGUCCCGGCACCCCCUACCAGGCUCCGGUGAAGAGGCAGAUUAAGGCCAAGCCAGCGGGGGGCCAAGCGUGCGGGGUGACCAGCGCCACAGCCAGACGCAUCCUGCUGUCCCUGGAGCGCAUGUCCAGCCCACUAGCGGAUGCUAAGAGAAUCCCGUCGUCUGUUUCCUCGCCAUUGUCGACGUCCCUGGAUAGACCUGAUCUGGACGCCUUUCCCUCCCAGUCGAAGAGGAAGAAGGUGGAUUCCCCGCUACCCCCUGUGCAGAGGCUUAUGGUCCCCGUUACAGCUGUGGGGAGCCGCCCGGUGUCCUUCAGGCCGUCGCUGACCCCCAGUGGCAGUCAGAGCCGCGUGUUGGACAGGAGGAGCGUCAGGGACACACUUGCUGGUCCAUCCACCCUGAGCGACAUCUCUGAAGCCCCACGAAGCACCAGCAGCUUCGCGUACCCCCUUUCCAGCACCCCCAUGGCCAACAGCAAUGGCGGAGCUGGUGGCAAAAUGAAACGAGAGAGGACAACUCGGCCUUCCUCUAGGCGCUCUGAUGAGGAGGUCACCGUGGAGCCCAAGCUGCCAGCCGUCUCCCUCCCCAUCAGCACCUUCUCCCUGCCCACCUUCAGCUUCUCCUCCCCGCCUACCACCACCUCCAGUGCCGCGCCCAUCACCCCGGCCCCCAGCACACCUCUCACUAGCAAGCUCAUCCCCCUGUCGUCCAAUCCUCCCUUCACCUUCUCCUCUCCCAUCGUCAAAGCGGCAGCCUCCAGCCCACCGGUGCUCUCUCCCUCUGCGUCCGGAUUUACCUUCAGCGCUCCGGUUCUGAAAAGCGCCCCCGCUAACAUCAAUGGAAAGACACUGGUGUCGCCAGCGAAGUCUUCGCCCCCGGGGGGCCCCGCAGCCUGCGAGCAGUUUGAGGGACCCUUUAAACCUGCCAAGGUUCUAAAGCAGGGCAGCGUGCUAGACAUCCUCAGGGGACCAGGGUUCUCCUCAUCUCCCCCGACCGCUCGGAGCUCCCCAGGCCCCGACGCAUCUGUUCAGGAUGGAGCUUCUGCCCCCAGCAUCGGAUUCGGCAUCAGACCUCCGCCGGGUAGCUGGAGCUGCGGCACAUGCCUGGUGCAGAACGGCGCGUCAGACAGCAAGUGCGCAGCCUGUGGCGCGGCCCGGCCCAGCAUGGACUCCUCGGCCCUGCCUCAGCAGGACGGGCAGGCCUCCGCGCCCUCGUCCUCCUCAGCUGGCUUCGGGGCCUUGUUCGCUCCCCCGGCGGGGAGCUGGGAGUGCGAUACGUGCCUGGUGCAAAACAAGCCCGACGUGGUCAGAUGUGUGGCCUGUGAGACGGCCAAGCCUGGGACUGGAGUGAAGCCCAGCCUGACCCUGCCUGCCUUCACAGAGGCCCAGGCUUCUCCCGCCAGCACCUCCACUGCCUCCACCCCCGCUAUCUUUUCCUCCAUUACCGCUGCUGCCACCACCUCCGCGCCUUCGGGAUUCGCAGGCUUCGGAAACAAGUUCAAAAAAGCAGAAGGGUCGUGGGAAUGUGAGACGUGCAUGGUGGAGAACAAGGCCCAGGAUGCCACCUGUGUGGCUUGCCAGAGCCAGAAGCCAGGGGGAGCUGCUGCUAGCAUUGCACCCUCGUCUGCAGCUGGCAGCACCCCAGCGCCCACAGGGGGCGCACUCCCAGGCUUCGGGGACAAGUUCAAGAAGCCGGAAGGCAGCUGGGACUGCGAGGUGUGCCUAGUGCAGAACAAGGCUGACGCCUUGCAGUGUGUGGCCUGCCAGUCCAGCAAACCCGGAGCUAGCUUGCCACCUAAAGGUUUUGAUUCUGCUGCUUCUGCUCCGCCUUCAUUCAAGUUUGGCCUCCCUUCCUCUUCCUCGUCCAGCACAAACUCCACCUCUUCUUCCACCACCAGUAGCUCUGGUGGAUUCAAGUUUGCAAAUCCCACCUUAGGGGGCUUCAAAUUCAGUGCCCCGCCAGAGGGCUUCAAGUUCGGAUCCCCUUCCUCAACAGCAAAGACUGAGGAAGGCAAGAAGGAUGAUCCCCAAGGUGGUGGGUUUAAGUUCAGUUUUGGCUCCAGCGGUGACGGUAAGGAGGGCCCAACAGAAGGCUUCUCCUUUGGUCUGGCCAAAGCGGAUGAGAAGGGCACCUUCAGCUUCUCCACCCUCAAGGGCAAGUCGGGGUCCCCUGACGAGGCCAGCUCUACUGAGACCAAGCCUGCCACCUCCUUUAUGUUCGGGAAAUCCGUGGAUGUAGAGCCCGUCAAAGAUCAGGCACAGGCGGCAUCUCUGUUUGGCCAGGCAGCCGAGACAAGCCAGGGAGGAGUCAGGGUGACCGCCCCCGCACCGGGCUCCACCCCCACAUUCAGCUUCGGGAAGGCCGAGGACAAGCAGGAGCCUGGAGUCCCUUCUGCUGGCUUUCUGUUCAGCAAAUCCAAGGAGAAUCCCACCCCCUCACUGGGCUUCUCUUUCAACAAGCCAGACCCCCCAAAGGAGCAGCCCAAGCCAUCCUUCAGCUUUGGGGUGGCGUCUGCAGAUUCAGGAGCAUCAAAGUCAGCUUUUGGGUUCACGGCGGGGUCCACUACCACUGCCACAUCUGCCUCCUCUGCCUCUACCACCCCGGCCCCCAGCCUAUUUGGGGCCAGCAGCACACCGGCCUCCUCUGCCUCUACCACCCAGGCCCCCAGCCUAUUUGGGGCCAGCAGCACACCGGCCUCCUCUGCCUCUACCACCCAGGCCCCCAGCCUAUUUGGGGCCAGCAGCACACCGGCCUCCUCUGCCUCUACCACCCAGGCCCCCAGCCUAUUUGGGGCCAGCAGCACACCGGCCUCCUCUGCCUCUACCACCCAGGCCCCCAGCCUAUUUGGGGCCGGCAGCACACCGGCCUCCUCUGCCUCUACCACCCAGGCCCCCAGCCUAUUUGGGGCCGGCAGCACACCGGCCUCCUCUGCCUCUACCACCCAGGCCCCCAGCCUAUUUGGGGCCAGCACAAAACCUGCCUCUACUACCCCAGCUCCCAGCUUAUUUGGGGCCAGCAGCACUCCUGCCCCGGCUCCUGUUCCAAGCAGUAACCCAGGCCCUUUCCUAUUCGGACAGUGUGUCUCCACAGAGACACCUCCUGCUAAGACCUUUGUGUUUGGUCAGCAACAGGACCUCAGUCCUAUGCAGGCCACUCCCCAGAACACCCCUGCCGCUCCCACCUCAGCACAGCCCUUCGUCUUCGGCUCAGGGGCACAAACGGCUGUUCCAUCGUUCAACUUUGGAGCCGCUGCACCCUCUGCAGGCAGUUCCACUGUGCCCGGUCAGUCCAGCUCCCCGUUUGUUUUCUCUUCGGCUACUGCAUCCUCGGCGACCCCGGCUGGCUCAUCGUUCGGUCUUGGACAGACGCUCUCUUUCGGCCAGGGCUCCAGCCAGCCUGGUGCCCCUGCCUUCGGCUCUGCAGCUCCAUCCCUUUUCUCGGCCCCAGUCUCCCAGCCCCCCAGCUUCGGGGCGCAGCCUAGCGCCAACCCCGCCCCCAUGUUUGGCCAACCGGCCAGCGCCAACCCAACUUUCGGAUCGACGACUGCCUCCUCAGGUUCAGUGGGAGGCUUCCAGUUUGGUGGCUCCGGCACUUUCGGAGCCUCCAGUAGCAGUACUGGAGUCUUUACUUUUGGUGGUGUCGGGGCCUCUGCUUCCGCCUCUGCUGCCCCUGCCACCCAGCCCCCCGCACCCACUGGAGGGUUCAACUUCAGCGUACGGCCCACUUUCAACAUUGGGUCGGCGAAAAGCCCCGCAUCAGCUUCUGCCCCAGGGUCCCACUCGAUCUCCGGGCGGAAGAUCAAAACCGCAGUCCGCCGCCGGAAAUAGGGAUCCUUGCCACGAGCGACAGCGACGUCCCUUCUGCCCCACGAAGAGGAGGCACUCUGAAGGGGCUCCUCCCUGGAAAAUGUGCCUCUUUGGUGGGGGGGGCGUCGCUUUUUUUGGCAUUCAUGUUCCUGAACUGAAAGGAGAUGGU